UCCAAGUUAGGAAAUCGUAUAUAUAAAUUUAGUUCUACAUAUUACUUAAAAAAAAGAAGAAUGCCUCAGAUCCCAAGCGCCCUCCUGACGCGGACAGCCCAAGCCCUGGUCUCUCACGCCCGCCUUCGCCACACGGCCGCCCUGGCAGGGGCGGGGGCGGCACGUGGCUCAAAGAGCGCCACGCAUAGCGAUCUCAGCCAAGUGUCUUCGCGGAACACCUCCACGGCGAGAGUCACACGCAACAGGACGGCCCACGCCUUCAAGACCCAUUACCAGGAGGAGGCGGAGUGGCUGUGGCCCGUGGACGACACUCAGGUGAUGUUUGUGACUGGGCACGAUGCGGGGGCGCGCUUCGCUAGUCCUGCCAUGACCCUGAACUCAUCGGCGCCGCUCAGGGUCGAGGACGUCGAAGAAGCUCUGUUCCAGCUGCAGAGGAAAACACCGAUAUAUCAAGUUUGUAUAAGUGAAAGGAAUGGAAGGCUUUGGUGGAAGAAGCGAGACGACCUCGACAUCAACUUUAAGGUCCUUGAAAGAGGGACGGAUACACUGGACGUGGUCAAUUCCAUGUGGGACGAAGGCUUCGAGAGGGACGGGGCCAUCUGGAAGUCUCGCCUGGUGCCCGCCGACGCCCACGAGCCUUGUCCGAUGCCCGAACUCCAGGCAGCUUACCCCUACCAGUACAACUUCAUGACCUGCACCCAUCAUGCCAUAGGCGAUGGCAUGUCCAUCGCCCACCUCAGCCAGGGUUUCCUCGACAUCCUCAACACAAUCCUCGAUGGACGCCAGGUCGACGACAAGCCCCUUGGGAUCUUCCUGUCCAACGAAGAGAUCGUGGCAAAGGACGAGGUCAUUCGAAAGCAGCUCCUGGAGGACCCGGAGCGCCUGGAAGGACUGAAGGCCGAGGUCCUGAGGGCGAACAAGGCACCCACCCUCCACAAAGCCUUUCCUCGGCCGAGCGUCGCCAAGCCCGAGACCAAGUACAUCAUCAACCACUUGGAGGGGAAGAUACACGACGCAUUCGCCGAUCGUUGCAAGAAGGCGGGCGUCUCCUUCGGCUCGGGGAUACAGGCCGCGAUCAACACUGCCAUGGUGGAGAUGCUCAGGGACGCGGGCGUUGACGACGAGUACCACGACAUCAGCGUCAAUCUGGCAGCGGACCUCCGCAGAUACAUGGAGCGACGGCCCCUCCACGCGCUGGGUCUCCACGUCCGCACCAUUGCCAGCGUCACGCGCACGCACAAAGACACGCGACAACGCUUUUGGGAGUACGCCGCAGACCUCCACCGGGAAGUCGGAGCUCAGGUCAAGUCGGGAGGGGUCCUGCAGCAGGAGGUUGUUCGCAGGAUGGUCAUGCCAAAGGUGGAUCCCAAGGAAUUCUACGUAGGCUCUCCCGCGCUGAUACGAGAUUAUGGCUUCAGCAACCUCGGGGAUUUCACCAAGGUCAUCCCAGGAACUGGUAAGCAUGUGCAGAUGACCAAUCUCCUUCAGUUCAGUGCCGCCCACAAGUUUAUAUACAUGAAUUUCCACCAGAUGUUUACCUUCCGAGGCAGUUGCAAGUAUUUAAUCAGCUACGCAACUGACCAGAUGUCGGACGAGACAGCCCAGCUACUCGCGAACAAAGUCUUUGAAAUCAUAACAGAGUUUUCCAAGUAAAUCUUUACCAACAAGGAAAGAUUUGCGUACAGUAUAUUAAUACAAAUAUCUUUAUCAUCUUUGAUUAGAGGGAGAACAAUCGUGAGCUCUUUCAUGCUAAUGGUUUAAAAAUCGUCCUUCAGUAUAGUACAAAAAGUUGAACCAUAAAUUCUUUCCACAUUUAUUUUCCACAUUUAUUUUCAUACCGGAAAUAAUCGGUGAAUAACCAAAAGACAAAGCAGGGCUUACCUGUGGCUUUCACUGAAUCAUUUUUCCCAUUUUGAUAUGUUCAUGUUUGUACUAAAUCGAUUAUGUUGAUAUCUAUGUUUCUUUUGAAAAUUUAAACUGUUGUAACCAAUGAAUGACAAAGGAUUGUCUUAUAAAUAAGCCAAUCAUGGUAUUAAUCUCUUAUAAAAAAGAUAUAUAUAUAAAUACUUAAUAUAUAUAUAUAUACUAUUAACCUCACUAGUAUUUGACGCAGCCCCUUUG